CGUAGCGCGGGAGCCAGAUCGUUGCAAAGACUCCAUUAGUUCGCACAUUAGCCCGAGUUAGUUAGAUUAUUCAAUUAAAUAAAGUAAUUUAAUAAGUAGAGUGGAUUAAUAACAAUCAUUCGGUAAAGGCGAUCGAUGUGAAUUGGACAAGUCGUGUUUUAUUCGAAUUAACUUGAACAGUAUUUGAGGAGAUUUUAUUGAAUUUUGUGUUUUUAUAAAUUAAAUAAUUAAUGGACGAGAAUUUUUUGAACAGUGCGUGAUAUGGAUCAAAGUAAUAAAGAUUUAAAGCCGCACCGACAAGAACCAAACCCGCAAAAAAGCUACGAGACGAAACCACAACCGAGCUUCAACUCCAGAAGCUACAACGAAUACCCUUACCCUGAGGGCACCAACCACAACCUGUUCCAGAUGAUCAAAUGUCAUGAAGACAGCCUUCUACGUCUCCACCACCUGACAGGCAGACCGCUGAACGGCGCCUACGACCCUUCAUACCAGGCGUCAUGGUACCCGAAAGAUCUGCAAAGACCUUUCAUCAAACCCGUAGAAUACUUACAUUAUGAGGACAAUUUGAGACGGAAGUACGAUGAGACAAAAGAGAGUGACAAGGACGGUAAAGAGAGGUUGUCUGAAGAGGAAGGGAGAGAGAAGAGCGCGGAGGAGCGCAAGAAGCCCCGUCGCAACCGGACCACGUUCACCAGCCAGCAGCUCGCGGCUCUGGAGAAGGUGUUCGAGAAGACGCACUACCCUGAUGCCUUCGUGAGGGAGGACCUGGCCGCCAGGGUCAACUUGACUGAAGCUAGAGUUCAGGUUUGGUUUCAAAACCGACGCGCCAAGUUCCGGCGGAACGAAAGAUCAGCUCUUUCGAGUCACCGCGGAUCCAACAGCCAAGGUUCACCGGAGCCGGUGCCUGUCCCCAUCGGUCUCUCCCAAGACCCUCGCCAGGACUUCACCAGGAACCCCAAGGAGCCCUGGCUGCACCACAUACCCAACAACCAGAUGCUCAACUUCAAUCUGGGACUUCCUAUUUCGAAUUCCGGACUUUACCAAAAUGACUAUUCUCAAAUCAUGAUGCAGAAUGUGGGUAACAGACAGUAUAUGAACUCCAACACUCUGGUGGGGCAGAACAUGCCCAGCUACGGAGGCGCGUCCAGUGACUAUGCCGCCAGCUCCUGUGCCCUGAUGAACUACGGCGGAACUCUACCGCCGGCACAUCACAGCUCAUAUAAUUUAAAUUUGCGCUUGAGACCUCAUGAUUUCAGUAUUAAUAACAUACCUUUAUGAUCAAUAAACUUAUUAAUUUCA